AGGCCACCGAUUUGUUUUUCUUUGUGGAGAGAAAGAAAGGGGUGGGGGUUAUUUAUCGGAUCGGAUUCUCCCAUUUUUGUGUGUGAGAGAUUCGUGUCUUGCAAGUCUCUAAGGAACGUAAAACUGUGUCUGGGUAUCGUUAGAGAGAGGAUUCCCAAGUCCUUCUUAAUACCCAAACUCGAAGUGGGGUGAACCCCCUCCCCAACUUUCCCCUUAGUUUUCUUGCAUAUUUUCUUCUUGGCAUAGUCUCCUUCCUGGGGAAGGAUUUGGGGAGAGGAGAAGGGGACACAGUGUCUCAAGUUGCUUCCAAGCAAUGCCUGUGUUUGGGUCUCCUUUGCCUUCCUUUCUAUGAUGUCCCUUCAAUUUUUAUUUUAAUCAUCCAGGGGACAAGGGCCCUGGCUCAGGGGUAGGCGAUGGUGAUCGGGGAGUAAGAAGCACUGCCCGUGUGCCAUGCUGGUUGGUAGUUUGUCUAAUUUUUUUAACCUGCUGAAACUCUUGAACCUUCAUAACCACUUUUCCCCCCACUUUGUUUAUCUCCCCCUCCCCCAUGGGAGAAGCAGCAAAACGGAAAAGCCUCUCCAUUUCUGAAUGAAGCCUUUCUGCUCUCCUCUGGGAGGCUUUUUGGGGAUUGGUGCUGGGACAAUCUAGGCUCCCCCAGAGACCUUGAACCCUUGGGGUGUUGGGGAGGGCACUGGGGGUCUGGGUGGCUGGCACAGAGCAGUCGGGGUCCCGAAGGCCUUGCCCCUCCCCGCUCCCGUUUUCUGCAGACAGCCGGUGAGUGGGGAGAGACUGGGGGGUCAUGUGCAGUAUAUUUAUGUAAGACACCCAGACAGAGGGCACGGGUAUUUAUAUAACCCGGCGUGGGUAUUUAUGUAAUAUAGGAUGCGGGUAUAUUUAUGUUCCUUUCCUAACCUGCGGGUUUCCUGGCUACCGUGUGUGGUCUCUGAAUUGGUGUUGGUGGAGAAUGGACUGGGGUGUGGGGGGGUUGCGUGCACACCUCCCCCCCGCCGCCCCCCGCAACAGGGCUCACUGUGCGUGCCUGCUUUUCUUUCUUCCCUUGGAGUGUACACACUCGGGAAGCUGGACGUGUGUGUACGUGGGGUGUGUGGCGUGUGGGUUUCCUGCAAACGUGGACUGCGUUCCCCUGGCAGCGUGGCACCUCAGCUGAGAUGGGCCAAGCAUGUGGGCAGUGGCCCUUGAUUGAGAGCCCAGAGUUUGGCCAGCUCGGGUGGAGGUCCCGGCCUCAUGGUUAUUGGUGGAAGGCUGGUGAGCUCCUGGGGUGCCAGGUUGCUGGGGUUGGCCUGUCUCUCCUGGGCUCUGUCCACUGUCCCUGCAAUCCAUCUCCCUCCCAGGCUGGCCUGGUUGUUGGGGGCAGCACUUGGCAUGGGCAAGGGGCUGAUCUUCUGUGCCAGCACAGCUGCUCUGCAGUCUUCCUGUUUUGCCCGGUUCGUGAGUGUGGGAGACCACCAGGUGGGAUGGCCGGAGCCCUGUCCUAGCAAGAGUGAGCCAUGGAGCUACGCGUGGGGAACAAGUACCGCCUGGGACGGAAGAUUGGGAGCGGGUCCUUCGGAGAUAUCUACUUGGGUGCCAACAUCGCCUCUGGUGAGGAAGUCGCCAUCAAGCUGGAGUGUGUGAAGACGAAGCACCCCCAGCUGCACAUUGAGAGCAAGUUCUACAAGAUGAUGCAGGGCGGCGUGGGGAUCCCUUCCAUCAAGUGGUGCGGAGCUGAGGGCGACUACAACGUGAUGGUCAUGGAGCUGCUGGGGCCCAGCCUCGAGGACCUGUUCAACUUCUGUUCCCGCAAGUUCAGCCUCAAGACGGUGCUGCUCCUGGCCGACCAGAUGAUCAGCCGCAUCGAGUAUAUCCACUCCAAGAACUUCAUCCACCGGGACGUCAAGCCCGACAACUUCCUCAUGGGGCUGGGGAAGAAGGGCAACCUGGUCUACAUCAUCGACUUCGGCCUGGCCAAGAAGUACCGGGACGCCCGCACCCACCAGCACAUUCCCUACCGGGAAAACAAGAACCUGACCGGCACGGCUCGCUACGCUUCCAUCAACACGCACCUGGGCAUUGAGCAAAGCCGUCGAGAUGACCUGGAGAGCCUGGGCUACGUGCUCAUGUACUUCAACCUGGGCUCCCUGCCCUGGCAGGGACUCAAAGCAGCCACCAAGCGCCAGAAGUAUGAGCGGAUCAGCGAGAAGAAGAUGUCAACGCCCAUUGAGGUCCUCUGCAAAGGCUAUCCCUCUGAAUUCUCAACAUACCUCAACUUCUGCCGCUCCCUGCGGUUUGACGACAAGCCCGACUACUCUUACCUACGUCAGCUCUUCCGCAACCUCUUCCACCGGCAGGGCUUCUCCUAUGACUACGUCUUCGACUGGAACAUGCUGAAAUUCGUGAGUCACCUGGAGGCCAAGGCGGGCUUAGGGGACUGGAUGGGGAAGGCCCUGACUCAGAGGGCCAGAGUGAGCCAGUGGCGGGUGGAGCUCCCGACAGACGGGAGGUAUGAGCUGGACGGUGUGGUUGACCUCACUGGGGUCCUGGAGCCCUCCUGCCUCAUCCGUGCUGACAACUUGUGCCGCCGUGGGCAGCAGGGCCCAGGCAGGGCGCUGCCUCCUGCUGGAAUAAGAAGGACCUGGCUUCACCUGGGGCCCCUCCUGGGUCCCCGCGGCAGGGCGUGGGUGGUGCUGGCAGUGCCCCCCGCCGCCCUGAUCGCUGCCUGCACCGUCCUGCUCCUAUUCUACACAUCCCAGGCGGCCACCUGCACUGUGGCCCCUCUGGCCAGCCUGGACCCAGUCAUGGUGCUUGCUUUCUUCUUGGUCAUGGGACCCUGGGUCUGGCUAGGCAGUUGUUCUGUUUCCCUCUUUUAAGAGUCCCGGGGGUGGGGUUGGGUGGGGAGCAGCAUUGGCCGGCCGUGCCCAGGGCUCUGGAAUCUGUGAAAUUGUAUAUCUUGUUUCACAUCUCUUCUGGCAAAGGGGGCUUCCUCUAGCCAGGCUCAGCCCCGUGACAGCCCUGUGACAGCGAAGGGACCGUUCUGUCCCCGCCCCUGUCCCUGUGCCGGGCCCACGUACUCACCCACAUACUGGUAAGGAUCCUCUGAGGCCUGGCUUUUCCAAAAUUUGCCACUUGACCAGCGAGCGCAAGAGGCUGAGCCUCAGCUGUGCUCUUUUUGUCCCUUCCAGGUGCCCGGCGCCCCUGGGCACCCAGAGCCCCCCAGAUAGGCCCAUGGAGGAGGUGGAGGAGGUGGAGGAGCUGCCCCAAAACUACUGGCCUGUGGUCUGGACUCCAGGGCCCCAUUUCUGAUGUCGCCAGGUGUGCCUGAGCCCAUCGGGGCCAGGCCUGAGGAAGUGUUUCUUGGGAGGAUGGGAUGACCCCCUGUUCCCAAGAGAUAGCAGCACAGUGGAGGGCAUGGUGGAAAAGGCCCUGCCGUGGGAUCCUAGGGAAGUAGCCAGCCACCUGAGGGCCAGGACAGCCUGAAGGAGGGUUGGUGGCCACUGCCCACAAAGGGCCUGGUGGGAACGGGUCCCAGGACAGACUCACGGCCAGACCCCGUCAGCAGCCGCUGUGUUGAACCUGAACUCAUUAAAUACCUCCUCUUGCUUCAUCCUGGUGUGCCUCUUUCGUGGCAGGGCCCUCAGCUGCCCUGCUAGAUGUUUAGGACCAAGGCUCUGUUCUGAAAGCCAAGGUCGGCACGUUGGUCGGCUUUUCUUCUCUCUGGGUUUCUUGUUCACUAAGGAGUGAGACAGAGGUCAGGCAGAGAGGGAGAGGCCUCGGUUGCCCUUUUCAGCAGGGGUGGAAAUGGGAUAUGGGCAGGGGGCGUCUUCUCUGAUUUCACCCUAGACCUUCUGGCUCCAAAUGGGGCCCAUGGCCUUGGGCACCAGGGACCAGCUCUUUCCACCACAGGGCAUUGGGCACUGGGCACUUUCUCAUCGAGAUAGUCACUCCCAAGUCUGGUUCGUGAUGGGCUUGGCCCUCCAGCUCAGCACAACUCCAAGAAUGGAUUUUGUAUUCUGUAGACUGACACUGUCCAAGAUGGUAGCCACCGGCUACAUGCGACACAUUUUUAAUGAAUUAAAAUUAAUCAAGACUGGAAAUGUCAGCCAAGCACGAAGGCUUAUGCCUGUAAUCCCAGCAUUUUGGGAGGCCAAAGAGGGCGGAUCACUUGAGGUCAGGAGUUUAAGACCAGCCUGGCCAACAUGGUGAAACCCAUUUCUACUAAAAACACAAAAAUUAGCUGGGUAUGGUGGUGUGUUGCUGUAAUCCCAGCUACUGGGGAGGCUGAGGCAGGAGAAUCGCUUGAACCCAGGAGGCAGAGUUUGGAGUGAGCCGAGAUCACGCCCCUGCACUCCAGUGGCCACCACAUCCAGCAAGGCAGACGGGACCAUUUCCUUCAUCCAGAACGUUCUGUGGACAUCACUGCUCUAGGUGCCUCCCUUAUGGAGUCUCGCAAGACUGUCUAGCCAGCAAGAUCUCUUCUCCAAGCAGGCCAGGAGCACCUCUCCAUCCACUGCUGCUGCUGUGACCACCUUCCUGGAGUCCGUCUUGAGGCAGGCCCUGAAGUUAGAAGCUGGGCAGAGACGCCCACAGCCUUAUCCUUUGCCAAUCACUGACUCAUUGCCAUGGCCACCGUCGUGAGCUGAACCACCUCCAGCCGUCCUCUGGCAGAAGCACCUGGAAAACAUGCAGUGGGAACUUUCACCCCGAGGCCGGGCCCUUCCCAUGCCAACCCGGCAAUAGACAGGACACCCUGUGGUGGUCUGCACCGGCGUGCUGGGAUCUGUGGAUCCCUGGAGCCUGGAAGCCACUCGCAGCACAUAGAGCCACUGUGUUCCGAGGUCCAGUCCGCCGGCCGGGAAGGAAUUCAACACAGCCAAGGACAGGGGUCCAUAUGAUGACAGGUGGAUGCUCCUGUGACUUUGCUGAUCUUUUGCAUUUUCUGUGGGCAAUAAAGGCCAAGAGAGCUC